AUGACGACGACGGGAGUUCUGGAUACGACUUACCUACCUGUCGCCUUUGGAAGUUUUGUGGCGUUCAUGAUCAUCUAUAAAUAUGCCAGUCCCAAACUUUCAUCUCUUAUUUGUCCAAAAUACCAACAUCUCUCUGAGCAGCAGCAAAUCAACUGGAAUACACGGACCAUGUCAAGUAUACAUUCAGUAAUUAUGGGAUACAUUUGUAUAUAUACAAUGCUUUAUGAUCCUGAUGUCCGAAAAGACCCCAUAUGUUCUUCCACUCUUUCACCGUUUUUGUUUUCUCUUUCAGAUACCAUCGUAAUGGCAGUACACUACAAAAAAAUUGGUGAACCUUUCUAUUUCCUUCAUCAUGCCUCUGCAGCUUAUGCAUUUUUUUAUGUAUCGAUGUUCGGAGUUUUGCCGUAUUUUUCAAAUUACCGGCUUUUGUCCGAGAUCUCCACACCACUCGUAAACCAAAGGUAA